AAUAGGAGAGCACAAAUCAGUCAUCCACACUCUUUAUCCUACUCCACGUACAUACAAGUUACAACAGCCCACCCCACCCAUCCUCACUCAGGCCACUAGCACCACACCAAUUUUUUCACCACAACAACCCCGACCCGCUCCACCGACCCCCUUCCCCCCGUCUCCUGCAUUCCGCCUUCUACUCCACCCCACUAUAAAUCACCCGUCUGCUCAACCGUCCUGGCCAUCCAACUCCCAGAUCCACCACACGCGUCAAACACCUAAUAAAAACUACCAAAAUGGCCUCUCACGCCAUCCUCAACCCCACCGCCAUCCCGGACUUUGACUCUAUCAAGACCUGGGGUCUUGAAGGGCUCACCAAGGCCAACUUUAGCUUUACCUUCGACACCAAAACCACCACCGCCACCCUCCUCACUCUCCUUCUCUCCCUCCUCGUUCUUGAGCAGGUCGUCUACCGCUCCAAAAAGGCCCACUUGCCGGGAAACAAAUGGACCAUUCCCCUCAUCGGCGCUUUUGCGGACUCUUUGAACCCUACUUUGGCCAACUACAAGGCGCAAUGGGACUCUGGAGCGCUCAGUGCUGUUUCCGUCUUCAACAUUUUCAUCGUUAUCGGUUCCAGCAACGAGAUGGCCAGGAAGAUCAUGAACUCGCCCAACCACGCUGAACCCUGCCUCGUCGCUUCCGCCAAGAAGGUGCUCCUCCCCGAGAACUGGGUCUUUGGCCACGGCAAGGGCCACGCCGACUACCGAAAGGCUCUUAACGUCCUCUUCACCAAGCAGGCCUUGUCCACCUACCUUCCCAUCCAAGAAAAGAUUUACCGAUCCUACUUUACCAAGUGGAUGACCGACCCCCAACCUGCCUUCCCCUACAUGAUGCCCAUGCGUGAUCUCAACAUGGACACCUCGCUCUCCGUCUUCUGCGGCCCCUACAUCUCUGAAGAGGAAAAGGUGGACAUCAACAAAAAGUACUGGCUCAUUACUCUCGCCCUCGAGCUGGUCAACUUUCCCUUUGCCAUCCCCGGUACCAAGGUCUACAAUGCCAUCCAGGCCCGAAAGACUGUCAUGAAGGUUUUGACCAGAUCGAGCGCGGAGAGCAAGAUCAAGAUGGCCGACUUUGCCAAUGAGCCCGAGUGCUUGUUGGACGAGUGGACUAGGGCCAUGAUCAACGCUCAGAAGGCUCAGGACGACGGAGAGACCACCAAGCUCCUCCAGCGCGAGUACAGCGACCACGAGAUUGCCAUGGUCCUCCUCUCCUUCCUCUUUGCUUCCCAGGACGCCAUGUCUUCUGCCAUCGUCUACUCUUUCCAGCUCACCGCCGACCACCCUGAAGUGCUUGCCAAGAUCAGGGAGGAGCAGUACAGAAUCAGGGGUAACGACCUCGAGAGGGGUUUGACGCUCGACAUGAUUGACGACAUGGUCUACACCCGAGCUGUCGUCAAGGAGGUCUUGAGGAUCAGGCCACCUGUGAUCAUGGUGCCCUACCUCACCACCAAGCCUUUCCCCGUCUCCCCCGAGUACACCGUCCCCAAGAACUCUAUGAUCAUCCCCGCCUUCUGGAACUCGCUCCACGACGACGCGGUCUACACCAACCCCGACGCGUUUGCCCCCGAACGAUGGCUGCCCAACUCGGACGGCUCGUCCCCUCUGGCCGAGAGCAAGCCGCAGAACUACAUGGUGUGGGGAUCAGGGCCGCACAAGUGUAUCGGUGUGCAGUAUGCUAGUAUGCACUUGGCGGCGACGCUGGGGACGGCGAGUGUGUUGAUGGACUGGGAGCACGAGAAGACUGAAUUGAGUGAUGAUGUGCAGGUUAUUGCUGCCAUUUUCCCCAAGGACCACUGUAAACUCAAGUUUACUCCUCGAGCUCCUCCUGCUUAAUCUCUUUACCCUCCAUUCUGGUCCUUUUUUAUUUAUAGAUUCUCUUCUACCUUAUACCUGACAUUCUUCUUGUCUCCCUCCGCUCUUUUUACUUUGUUUGCCUUCGUAGCGAUGCUUUCGAAAUGUGGCGAGUAUUUAAUCAACCCCAAGCGAUGUACCCUGCAUGAGUACUCUAA